UGUCGCUAACAUCCGGGGCUCGGACAAGGAUGAACGCCAAUUUCCAAGAUGGCGGCGGAGGGAGGAGGGAAGGAGAUGAACGAAAUUAAAACUCAAUUCACCACCCGAGAAGGCGUCUACAAACUCCUCACUCACUCCGAAUACAGCCGCCCGAACAGGGUGCCUUUCAACUCGCAGGGCUCCAAUCCCGUCAAGGUCUCCUUCGUCAAUGUAAACGACCAGUCCGGCAACGGCGACAGGAUCUGUUUCAAUGUGGGCCGGGAACUCUACUUUUAUAUCUACAAAGGCGUGAGAAAGGCUGCCGAUCUUAGUAAACCCAUAGACAAGAGGAUAUACAAAGGAACGCAGCCCACAUGUCACGACUUCAACCCCAUCACAGCCACAGCGGAGAGCGUCUCCCUGCUGGUGGGCUUCUCUGCCGGCCAGGUGCAGCUCAUCGACCCCAUAAAGAAGGAAACCAGCAAACUCUUCAAUGAGGAGAGACUUAUAGACAAGUCCAGAGUAACGUGUGUGCGAUGGGUUCCUGGUUCGGAGAGCUUGUUCCUGGUGGCCCACUCCAGCGGCAGCAUGUAUUUGUACAACGUGGAGAACACCUGCGGUACCACGGCGCCUCACUACCAGCUCCUGAAGCAGGGAGAAAACUAUGCAGUGCAUACCUGCAAGAGCAAGUCGGCUCGCAACCCGCUGCUGCGCUGGACGGUGGGCGAAGGGGCGCUCAACGAGUUUGCCUUCUCCCCUGAUGGCAAGUAUCUGGCGUGUGCGAGCCAGGACGGCUUCCUGCGGGUGUUUGGCUUCGACGCCGCGGAGCUCCACGGGACAAUGAAGAGCUACUUUGGCGGCUUACUGUGUGUGUGCUGGAGCCCAGACGGACGGUAUAUCGUGGCAGGAGGGGAGGACGACCUGGUGACGGUGUGGUCGUUCUCGGACUGCAGAGUGAUCGCUCGGGGGCACGGUCACAAGUCGUGGGUGAGCGUGGUGGCGUUUGACCACUGCACCACCAGCGUGGAGGACGGCGACCCUCCUGCUGAGUUCAGCGGCAGUGACGAGGAGUUCCAUGAGCAGAUUCACUUCGGUGCGGGCAGAGACCGGGCUAACAGCGCUCAUUCUCGGCUUUCUAAGAGAAACUCAACGGACAGUAGGCCUGUAAGCGUCACCUACAGGUUCGGCUCGGUGGGCCAGGACACCCAGCUGUGUCUGUGGGACCUAACAGAGGACAUUCUCUUCCCUCACCUCCCUUUGUCCCGCACUAGGACUCACACUAAUGUUAUGAGUGCCACGAGCCCUCCAGCCACUGGACAAACCACUUCCACAACGACUACUACGCCCACGACUACUACUACUACUACUGUACCUGCCACCACUCCCAGUGGCACCAAUGGUAAAGACACUUCGAGCAAUAGUAGCACCAGCGGAAACCCCAACCCUAACUCCCUCCCCAGCACCCUGCCUCGGUCCAACAGUUUGCCACACUCCUCCAACCCAACAGGGGGCAGCACCCCUAACAGUCACACAGGCAGCAGCAGCAACAGCAGCACCACUACCACCACCACCACCCCCACCCCCACCCCAAAGGGCAACAGCAUCAUCGACAGUGCGUUCAUUGCCACGGGCGUCAGCAAGUUCGCAACGCUGUCGCUACACGACUCACGCAAGGAGCGCCACGAGAAGGACCACAAGCGGAACCACAGCAUGGGUCACAUCAGCAGCAAGAGCAGCGACAAGCUCAACCAACUUAGCUCCACACGGACGGCAAAAGCAGAAGCAGCUAAGACUCUGGGCACCACGCUGUGCCCGCGCAUGGAGGACUUGCCGCUGCUCGAGCCGCUGGUGUGCAAGAAGAUCGCUCACGAGAGACUCACUGUGUUAAUCUUCCUUGAGGACUGUCUGGUAACAGCCUGUCAGGAGGGUUUCGUUUGCACAUGGGCUAGGCCCGGGAAAGUGGGAUUGCUAUCAUCUCAAACAACGCAGCCAACUCCCCCAGUGGAACAGUAGUAUAGCCCCAGUGCUGGCGCUGCUAAUGACAGCUCCAUGCAACAGAGACGGGGAUGACCGUGGCCAAGGCCCUGCAGCGCUUCUUCACACACUGUCACACACCACACGACCUCCAGUGUAACCUUCAUUUUCAUCACGGCAACCCAACCAGAUGCUCUCUAUGUGUUAGUGAUCAUGUUUAGAUAACCGAUGUUGGCCAAGCCAGGGUUAGAAACUCGACGCCCCUCCUUUGUAGUCCGGGCGUAACCAAGGGGGCUACUGGAAGUGAGAUGGCAAGCUUUAAAUCGUCCAGGAGGUUUAUAGGAGGGAUUGACUGGCUCAUUGUUCCAUCUACGGUCAUAUCAAGUCGUGUCUAGUCUGAAAAAAACUCUAGUACCCAAUCCUUUUGUGCCUGUAGAUCUUUAAAGACUAGACAUGCUGUAAGCAUUGUGGUGAUGCCUCAACCUUACCUUUUUAUAUGGGCUUAAUUCGGAAAACGUUCCUAUAUUUUGUUUCUUCAAAUGUCAUCCAUAAAGGGAAUAAGAUGAGGGAAGCGGAGUCUUUCAUUGUUCACUUCCUGAGCGAUCUCUGGUGCAGCCCCAGUCUUGACACCUGUUCAGGAGUGUUUUUACUUCCUUUACAAAUAUUUUAAUCAGUGGUAUCACACUUUAAAGUGUAUUUGCCACAGAUUUUCUUUCUUUUUGUUUUUUUUCCCCCCCAUUUUGAAUUCAUGACUGUGUAAGCAACAUAUUUUGAAGACAGUUUUGAAAGCACUUGGGGGGAGGGAGGGAGGGAGGCUUGUUAUUGCCCUCUGUCUCAACGCUGGAUGCUGCAAUCAUAGUUUUUUAUAUGGAAAAAAAUUGUUUGCACUUAAUAGUUUGUUAGAGGAGAAUGGCUUUACAUUUUUGGAGUGUGUAAGGACUCCUUGAAAAGGUUGAAAUAUAAAUAGAAUUAAAAAAAAAACACCUUUGUAUCUAUUAAACAUUUAUUUUAAUAUUGUUUCAGAUUAAAUGGGCUCUGUAUUAUAUGUAAAUAUUGUACUUCAAUGAUUUAUGGGUGAAAUUAUCAUUAUUACAUUAGGAUCCUCAUUUCAGAAAAUAGUGAUAUUUCUAAUACAGAAGAUCUAUACCUAAUAUUAAAAUGAAUCUUGAAUAUGCAGGUGUUUCUUUUCUGUUGUACAUAUAAAGAGAAUUCAGGUGUAUUUUUAUUAAUGAAAAGUUUGGUAUAGGAGACAUCUAUGGAGUCCUCUUAUCUAACAGGUAGUGCUGAAUGCUAGCUAGCCUGUCGCUGCAGAUUACUUUUACAACAUUAGGCAGGUAGGCGCAGACGCAGCGGUCUAAUUCAGCCAUCACUCCGAGCUCAGGUAAACCACAGGAAGACUAACGCUGGCAUACUUCCCCCUCACUAGUCCCAUCCAUCAACAUGUGUGUGAAUCCACUUUAACUAACAAAUAAGACUGAAAACCAUGUUCUGCGGACAGGGCUGUCGGUCCUGCUUUUGUGAGUAAUAAUUACUGAACUGAUGCUGAACUUGUGAACAAAACAUUUGACACUGUUGAAAACCAACUGACUAACGUGAGCACUUGACGAUGGUGGAAGUGCUUGAGGUGAGCGUGUUUUUUCCCACAUAGGAAGACUGAGGAUAUUAACAAUGGGAGCCUUUUCCUCCAUGUGACACCUAUUAAAACAGCUUUGACAGAUUA